ACUCGACAAACCGAAAGCCAAUCAGAUUCGAGUUCCACUGUCAUCCACCGAUUGUAGGAGAGGACAUAUGGUAGACUUGAGACGAGCACGAUGGGGUUUAAAGGCCGAGGAUCCUCUUCCAGAUGGGUUUUUAAUCGCUGUUCAAUCACGGUUGAUAAAAAAUGCGAUGCUGAGAUUACAGGAAACUGAUAAUGUACUUAUGUAUAGUCAUGCCCAGAUACUUCUUAAUGAGGAACCCGUGGUUGAAUAUCGGCCAUCUUUUAUGGAAGGAUUAGAACUUGAUGCCUUCUUCCGAAGCAAUAGAAUUGCGUUAGAGGUUCAAGGGGCUCAACAUCGGCUCCAUAACACCAGCUGGUAUAAAGAUGUUAAAAAACUCGAGGAUAUUGUUAACCGUGAUCGAAAGAAAAGAAUCUUGUGUCAACUUAACGGGAUUUAUCUUCUUGAGGUAUGGUAUGAUGAGAAUCCAGAAGUCACUAUUCCUAAGAAGAUAUAUAAAUUUAGAGAGCUUAUUGAUAGAAAAAUCUUUAAUCUUGAUUAA